AUGUGGUCCACGCCUGCAUAUCUGGUGAUGCUUCUAGGAGCAGCGACCUGGCCUACCUAUGCGUCUCCGGGAAAAGGUGACACUCAUGCUGUAACUACAACAUCGAGUGGCCAUGCAGCAUUGGCAACCAAAACCGAGUCAAUGAUUCUUGCACUUCAAGGCAAGGAUGAAUGGCUAGCGAAUGGAAAGACCAAAUGGCUCACGUACUUCGUCUCGGAUGGCAAAGACCCUAACUGGUGUGACGGAGCCAAUGCGAAGAAGAAACUCAAAAGCGGGGAUGGUACCAACUUACCACCGAGUAUUAAUUACGACACCGAUCCGGGCGAUACCUUCUUGCAGGGCUGCAAGUAUGACUCUAGUGGGUACACGUUCAAAUGUGCACACUGGAGUGCCACAUGCACUGUGAAUAAGGGAAAAGACUCAGAUGGAUUUCCGGUGAAUGGUAAGGAUGUGAAGACUUGCGAUGGUCUUCCCGUCAAGGAACUUGUUGUUUGUAAACAGGAUGAGGGCUCUCCGGCCCUUCUAACCACUGCAACUGGCAGGAGCACCGCUACUGCAUCCACGACGACAGCGACAGGUGUUACACAGCCAAAAUAUACGGCGGCCUGUAUACAGGGCAUGAGGAAUGCGACGACAUGGGCUGAUUAUAAAAUGGCAGAAUUUCUCAAAGAUGAGGCUGACUCUAUUCCUGAGGACUACGAAGGCACAUUUGUAGACUGGUUAGCAUCCAAGGCAGAUGGGAUAGGGAAGUUUGAGUGUGAUUUCAAUACAGCUGAUAACAAGCCCUGUGUGCAAGAUCUUGACCCCGAAAUUUGCAAGAAAGGCUCAAAUCCUCGGUACUACUAUGCCCUAUAUUCAAUUAUCAACUUUCACACCUGGGUGACGGAUAUAUCAUCCGCCGUUCGAGAUGCUAGAAACGAGUUUGCUGCAACAUCGUCUCACAUUACGGCUGAUUUUAUCCGAACAACACUCCCUGAUCCGAAUAUGACCUGGAUCGCCGUUUUAUUCGCCGGUCUCUUCGGGGCUUUGAGUGGAUUAUCUGCCGCGUGGAUGGCGGCUGUUCCAGCCAUGUCUAGUCUUCUUGUUACCAGCGGAGUGUCUGGUGCUGCUAGUGGGGCUAGCACUAUUGGAAACGGUAUUCAUAAUGGGUUGCUGUCAAGUGCCGAGGAUGUGAUUCAAAAUGAGCUCAAUGCACUCAAUCAUCUCCAGGACUUCACAUCCCACCAGAUGAACGCCAUGCUUGAUGCUAUCACCUACUGGGGAAGAAAUGUUACAUUGGGAACCGUAAAGAACGAUGUGAAAAAUCAUAUAUUCUAUCAAAACGACGCGAAAGGCAUCGUGUCGACAUUGAAAGACGGCCUUUUUGCUGAUGAUGACGUGGGAACCAAGGACACAUACGCUGUGAACAACGCUAUGCUGAAGGCAAUGUGGAGUGGCUCAAUCGGCUUCCUGUGGCAAUCGCAGAGGGUUUUUAUCGUGAAGCUGUCCACCCGAAUGGAAAACGACAAACAUGUCCAUCACCCCUGUAGUGAUGACUUUCCUUUGAAGGCCUACCACAGAUCAUUGGUUCGUGUGUGUGAAGGGGAUACGGCAUAUUUUUUCAUCAUCAAGGCCGAUAUUAUACGGAGCAAUUAUGACUGGCCCGAGAUUUACGGUGCUGAUGAUGAUACUUUGGAACAAUAUUCCCUCGACCUAUUGACGCUGGCAAAGGGGGCCGAGUGGACACAAAAGACUUUUGGAUUUGGCGCCAACUUUGAGAAUUCGACAAGUCAGGCGAUCGCAGAUGAAUAUCUCAACGCAAAGGACCCUGGCAAAGUCCCCAAAAAUGUAUUCAUGAGCGUUCCGGUGUGCGAUCUGGAUUGGCUCAAAGACAAUGGCCCUUACCCCUGGGGCGGGAAAAUACACUAUAAUGGAGUGGAGGGGAUGGGGGACGAGCUGGCAAAAAAUGUUCAGGUAUCUAGUUUCUCAAGGAUGUGGCUCAAUGGAGGUGGAAGUCAACGGCAAAACCCAGAAGUGGCCAUAUGCCGGUUUCAAGAAACACAGUGUGUCAUUGAGGGAUGGAUAAGCAGCGGUAGUAUUUAA